UAAACGCUUCUUUUAUAUAUUAUAUCUUUGAUGAAUGAAUGCAUCUAUUUAUCUUUUAGAGACUUGUUUAAAAGACUUGUUUAAAAGAAGAAUUAAAGUUAAAUAUGACUACGAAUAAUAACAUCGAUGCAGUUUUAACUGAAUUAGGAUGGAAUAAUGGAUUUCGCAUACCCGUAGCAAAUGAAGAAAACAAACUAUUAGAAGAAGAAAUUGAAAAAAAAAUGAAGCUAAAAGAAAAUUUGAGCAUAAAACUUGAAUCAACAGAGGAAAGAAUUAAAAUGAUGAAAAAACAUAUUAACAAUUUAACGACAGAACAAAAUAUGAAUCAAAAACUUUUAACUAAUCACUCGGCGCAACUUAAAACCGAAGAUCAUAAUUACCGAUUAAGUUGUAAUACUGAAACAAGUCUUCGCCAAAAAGCGCGAAAUUUUCAAAAAGAAUGGAAAGAAGUAAAUGAGAUAGUAUCAAGCAUUGAAAAAGAAUUAGAAAAAAUGACGAAAAAGAUAGAAACGUCCAAAAAUGUUCUAAAGUAUGAUGAAAACAAUUUAAAAGAAUGGGAGGAAAUAUUAAAAGAAAAUGAAAAUAAUAAUGAAUUAAUAGAACAAUAUAUGAAAGAAGAUUUAAAAGAAUAUAAGGAACUGGAAUUAAAAAGGCAAAAGCUUAGCAAAGAAUUACAAACAUAUAAUGAUGCAAUGAUUAAAACAUCUAACGAAGCACAAGAAAUGGAAAUUAUUCUUAAUCGAACAACUACAUUAUACGAUCAAGCAUUGACAGAAUAUCGCCAAAUGUUUAAUCAAUGGAAAGAAAGCGUAAACAUAUUACAGCAAAAAAAUGAUGAUAUUAAAAAAAUCAUUCAAGAUAUUGAAGUAUUAAAUGAUAUUUCUCAAGAUAAAAAAAAAAUACUUCAAGAAUCUGAAAAAUUUUUAAAAGAACAAAUUGCAAAUAAUAAACAAAUUCAAGAUUCAAUUACAAAAUUAGAAAAAGAAUUUAGUUCUAUGAAAGAAGAACAAAUUAAACUGAAAGAAAUUAUUAACACAUGUGAAAAUCAGUCUCUUAUACAGAAAAAUAUAAUGAAAGAUUUAACCCAACGUGUGGAACAAGUAAGAACUGAUGUAAAACAUAAGAAAUUGCAAAUUCAAACUAAAAAUACAAAAAUAGAUAAAGCAAAUGAACAAAUAACUGCUUUAACAAUAAAAUUAGAAGAUAUUAAAAGUCAAAAAUUAAAUAUUGAAGAAAAAGCAAAAGAACUUGAGGAUAUGAUAGAGGAACAAGAGAAAAAAAAAGCUAAAAUAAUCAAAGAAAUAAAUCGAUUACAAAUUACAAAUCUACGCACAAUGACUCAAAUAAAGGAUUUAGAAAACGAAGAGAAAAUUUUAAAGAUGCAACUUGAAAGGGAAUUUAAAAAAUGUGAUUUAUUAGAUAAAUUAUGUAUUAAAGACGAACAAAUUUUGGAAAAUAAAAAAGAAAUAUGGUAUCAAACAGAAUUUGAAAUUCGAAAAUAUGAAAUGAAAUUGAACAGAUUAAGAGGUCAUGAAUAUGAUAAGUCUAAAAGUGAGAAAAAACAAGAAAAGAUAGAAGAGCUUCAAAAUAAUUUAGAUGAAAAAACAAAUGUGUUUAAGUUAUUGCAAAAACAAAUUACAACUUUAGAAGAUAAUAUGAGAAAAAUAUCAAACAAUUUAACAAGUAGUAAUAGUGAAUUAGAAUCCCUAAGAGAUAAAAGACAAAAUCUUGUUCUUCUUAUGAAUGUAGGAGAAAAAGAAUUAAAAGCUGUUCAAAAUCGUUAUGAGGAAAAACAAGUAGAAGAAAGUAUGUUACGACUUAAAGUAUCUCAAAUGGAAAAAAUGAUAUUUAAUAUUGGAAAUAAUGUUUAUGAUUUGGAAAAAUAUAAACUUGAAUUAGAAGCAGCAGUGCGAGAACGAAAAGCAGAAAUUACAGUGCAAAAAGAAUCUCUAAAUAUUCAAAAAAGAGUUGCCGACGGUGAAUGUUCAGAAUUAAGAAAUGCUAUUGCUGAAAGAAAAAUACGAAUAAAACAAUUACAAGCAAGAUAUGAUAAUUCUACUGCAUUGUUAGGUACUAAUCCUGAUGGUACUCCAAUGAAUACUACACACUUGAAAAUUCAAAAUGCGCAAGAAAGAUAUCUUUUACAAGAACAAGGUGACAAAUUAGAUGAAACAAUAAGAAAAACUGAAGAAGAAAUACAAGCUAUGGAAAAUACAUUACGUGUGAUAAAUAUUUGCAAUGAUAAAUAUAAGAUAACAUUAAGUACAAAUAACCAAGACAUAUCAGAAGUAGAAGAGCAUAAAAAAUUGGAUAAAGAAUUACAAGAUGUUGAACAAAAUUUAAAUCAAAAAAAAGAAGAAUUACAAUCUUUAACUGAAAAUAUGCAGAAAAUACAAAAUAAAUAUGUACAAAUUCUUAAGAAUAUAGAAGAAACUGAAGAAUGUAAAGAAAAUAAAACUCAAUAUUUAACUGACUUAAAGCAUCAAAUUCAUGAGCAAAAAGAAAAAAUAUCUAGAGCUGAUAAAAAUUUACAAAAUGCUAAAAAAAGUAUUCAUCGGCUAUAUGAAACUACAGGAGAUAAUAAUGUUCUUAUACAAGAGAAGGAGAUAGAGCUACGUGAACUUCAAGAACAAAAUUCCAUUGUUUUACAAGAUAUUGCAGAAUUUACAGUCUCUCAUGUAGAAGUUGAAUCUUAUAUUAGAAAAUUAUUAGCAGCUCAAAAUAUAGAAUUACCUUCUGCAAUUUUAUUUAGUCAAUCUUUAUCAAAUCAUUCCCAUAGUCAUACAAAUUCAUCAGAAUGUCUACCAAAAAGUACAAAUCGUGAAAGUACUUAUGAAUCAUCUAAAGAAAGUAUUAGUCAUGUUAUUAAUAUACAACCAGAAUUUGAAAUUCUACCAGUGAGAAACACAAUAAGAAAUACAAAACAAAAGCAACUAUCUGUAAAAGCUUCUGUACAAGCACAAUUAACAAAGAAAAUUUUUUAA